CAGGCACAUGCGCUAUUCUUGGCUUAAAGCUGUGGGUUUGGUCCCCGCAUCAUGCAACUCUCACGAGGAGCUCCCGAGCAAUCGAUACCACUCACGGCCUGCAAGUGCGACAAGCAAAGCUACAGACCGGUCAAUGCAAGGGUAAAGCUCUUCUGUAGGGAUGAGGAAGUAUCUCAUUGGCGCUCGUAUACUGAUAUAUGAAUUGAACCACGCCCUCCGCUUCUCUCUGGACGAAACAUUCUGCGCCUCUCGACGCUCUUGACGUAAGAUGGCACUGCCAGCUGAACCGUCAAGCGGUCGAGUGCAAGCAGCUCCGCAGGCAUGCGGAUUGCGAAGACGCUAUCUUCAGGAUGAGAACCUGCGCCGUUCUCGGCGCAUCAACACAGUUGUGCCCUUCUCUUUGGACGCCAGAGUGUGUAGAGCAAACAGCGGACCUGAUAUCGAGUGGAAUCCCUGCUACCAAACGUACUUGGAUCGUGUCGAUCGCCUCUCAAAGUUCAGAAGCACGAGACCCACCAGUGUUCCCGCUGGGUUUCCUAGCGAAGUGAAAGCUCCUUGGGUUUGGUCAGGGUCCGACAUUGCAGACGACAAUUACAUUGUGCGACUCUCCUGCGACGAAAUUCUAGAGAUAGAGCAAUCUCUGGCGAAUUUUAAAAAGAAAUAUGAGGGCUACCUUGAGCUCGACGAGGUCACCCCACUGACAUUCCCAUUGCCUCGUCUUGAAAGACGAUUGAGAGCGAUCGCCCAUACUCUGCAUUCGGGCAUUGGCUUUGCCGUACUUCGUGGACUAGACCCUCAAAAAUAUUCGGCUUCGGACAAUGUGAUCAUAUACCUCGGGGUAACCAGUUAUAUCGCCGAGCGUCGAGGCUGUCAAGACUCUAGUGGUAACAUGCUCAUACAUGUCAAGGAUCUUGGUGACAGCAUACCUGACUCGGAAUUGAGGCAGUCGCCUUACGCGCAUAAUGCACAACCAUUUCACAAUGACGUAUGUGAUAUCCUAGCUAUGUACGUUCAAAACCAAGCUAUCGAUGGUGGUGAGAGUCAUAUCGCGUCUUGCGCAAAGGUCUACAACGAGAUCGCAGCGUCGCGGCCAGAUGUGAUUCAUACUCUUGCGGAACCCAAUUGGAUUUUCGACAAACAUCGCACUCCGGCUUUCUGGAACACCCGAGCACUUUUGUUCAAUUUUGAAGGAAACGGACCCGGCUUUUGUUUCUCUCGACGUCCUAUCACUGGUUCGCCGACUUCACCUAGAAGUCCGGACGUUCCACCGAUGACUGAAGUGCAAGCCGAAGCGAUUGAUAUGGUGCAUUUCACCGCAAUGAAGCACAAGCUCACCAUGCGAUUAGAGCGGGGAGAUAUCCAGCUCAUCAACAAUCUUGCAAUCCAGCAUGCAAGAAGCGCCUUCAGAGACGGCCACGACCAGCGGCGGCAUAUCAUCAGGCUGUGGUUGAGGAACGAGGAACUAGCAUGGAAAACGCCCGAAGGCCUCAAGCAAACGUGGUUCGAAAAGUACGGAGACUCGGAAAGGCGAAAAGUUGCACGCUGGAACAUUUUCCCAGGAGCGUCCAGAGAACGCGUGCUGUUUCGCAGCGAUAGCUGCACUUAAAGCAGACUGUGUCUUUGGCACCGGCUAAACUGCGAUAUGGGCCUCUGAAUCAAUAAACCUUAUUUUCGCCCUAGAAAAUUAACCCCCUACAGCGCUUCCGCGCGACUAGUGGAAAUUGCGACCUGCAGCAAAGAGCACCGUUGACUGCUUCACUCCGUGGACUUUUCUGCGUAUGAUAUGCUCAUAGGGAAAUUCUUAAUCGGUGAACAACACAUGCACUUGACUUUUUCAGGCGUAAAUGUCAGUUGAUGUUAGUCAAUCAGUUGAACUAGUUGAAUUGUUCAGAAAAUUUUAAUGUGCACAAGUUACAUUUGCAAAUUAGAA